CUAGUGUGGCAAGUCAGAGGGACGCGAUGUACGAAUCUGUCUUCUUUAAGUGCCAGCGCUAACAUUGAGUAAAACAACAUGAAGACAAGGCAUAUUACAAAGCUUUUGCACUGUAGUAUAAUUUUACUUUUUUCAGUCACCCAUGCAGCCAAAACAAAGCAGGUAAUAACAAGUGGAAAAAGUAUCAUACAAAGUGAGAAUUAUCCGAAUAAUUAUCCUGGAGAUGAAGACAGGAUGUGGAUCUUCAACCAGACGGUAGGAAUCUGGACAAUGACAAUUCAGGACUUCCAUCUACAAGAGUCGGCACAGUGUCAGAACGACUACCUACUGAUACGAAAGUCUCAGAGAGAGACUCCAGUAAAGCUAUGUGGUGUCAGGACUUCAGAAUACUACAUCUCAAAUGGUCCGUACCUCAGUCUGGAAUUCCACUCCGACUCCUGGAAUCACGAAAAAGGAUUUUCCAUUGAAGUACAGCAUGUUAUGAAUGAAGCCCAAGCAAAAUCUAUUGUCAGCAAAAGAAAAGGUACUGAGGUUAAGUUGGUGACUCACGUGGAACACGAAGGUUUGUUUAUCGUCCUCCUCGGAGUCUUGUCCCUGGCUGCUCUCGUCUUUGUUGCAAUGUUAGGAUGCUUCAUCGUUGGUAUGAUGAAAAGACGUCACGAAAGAGUGAUUCAGCAGAACAUGAUAAAUCGUCUGCAAGCUCAAAGCGAGAAUCAUGUGGUGGUCGGCAGACGAUACAGCCGGAAAGAUUCCGUCAAAGAUCACAAAAGACCCGACUUUAUGCGAAGCUUCUCAAACCAAAGCACAACCGGACUUCUUAGUUAUCAAUCCGCCGGCUACCCACAAACCGGUGAUCAUGUGUGAAGAUGACGAUCGUCAUGAAAGCAUCAAAAGCGAGCUGUUGUGUUGAACUGUAGAAAAGCAACUUUUCUUCGUGAUCAGAAACCUCUUUUCAAAUUUAGUUACCGUUACUUUCUGUUGCAGUUUGGUACCUUAACAAAAGUUUUGGGCCAACGACUUCCCUUUGGGGAUUGGUCGUGAAUAAAAGUUGUUUGUGUAAUGUAGAUGUAUUUUUAAAACGAUUAUUUUGAAGUCCUCGUUCAUGAUGAUUUUUUAACUGACCAAUUGUUUUAUAUUUACGCAUUUUUAGUUUAUUAGUGACGGUGGUAAUACCGUGCUUUUACGUUCAAAACAAAUGUGAAAGAGUUGAAUCUAUACUUAUAAGCUGAAUAUGUACGUGUUUUAACGCUUGCUUUCAGAAGUUAUUUGAAGCAUUCCUUUGAACAUUCCGUUGCCAAACAUUCACUGUGUAAAUGCAUCUUUAAUUUGGAGAGUCAUAUGUAAAUGAAUUGUUUGCAUAUAAACUGUUUAAUAUUUCUGCCAUCAAUCAAAAUGUAGAAAUAUAACAUUUUUGUCAUCGAUAAAAAACACUGCCAAUCAGCUGAGAAUAAUAUUUUUUUUCAUUUUGUAUCAUUUUUAACGCACACAAACCUCUUAUUCCUUUUUUGUCAAUUUUUAUCAGAGAUAAAUCUUUUCUGUAUUUCCGUCUUUACAGAGGAGGAAAGUCGUUCUUGUAUCCAUUUCAUGUUGUUAUCGUUGUUGGAAGGAUUCAUGUAAAUAUGUUUUGUUGAACAGCAGAAAAAAGCAGAGUUGUUUUGUAUAAGGUAUACUGAUGAAAAUUGUCGUUGAUAUAGCUAGUUUUGUAGAAGAUACACUGAUGAAUAUUGUCGUUGAUAUAGCUGGUUCUGUAGAAGGUGUACUGAUGAAGAUUGUCGUUGAUAUAGCUGGUUCUGUAGAAGGUGUACUGAUGAAGAUUGUCAUUGGUAUAGCUGGUUCUGUAGAAUGCGUACUGAUGAAGAUUGUCGUUGAUAUAGCUGGUUCUGUAGAUGGUAUACUGAUGAAGAUUGUCGUUGAUAUAGCUGGUUUUGUAGAAGGUAUACUGAUGAAGAUUGUUGUUGAUAUAGCUGGUUCUGUAGAAGGUAUGCUGAUGAAGAUUGUCGUUGAUAUAGCUGGUUCUGUAGAAGGUAUACUGAUGGAGAUUGUCGUUGAUAUAGCUGGUUCUGUAGAAGGUGUACUGAUGAAGAUUGUCGUUGAUAUAGCUGGUUCUGUAGAAGGUGUACUGAUGAGGAUUGUCGUUGAUAUAGCUGGUUCUAUAUACGGGUUUUUGUUUUCAUUUUGUCGAUACUGUUAAUUAUUGUUUUUUGCUAUAAUUUACUCAUAAUUCAAUAAAUAUUGAAUAAAUGUAAA